GGAGGACAGAGGUGGUAGAUGAAUGACAAGAAAUCUACGUAGUAAAUAGGAAUACGUCGCUAACGUCCGGAAUUCCGUUUGGCAGAGGUUUUAGUUUAUCAUUCACUCGCGGGAAGAGCAGAGAGAUAGAAAUGGGAACCCGAUCGGAGAAGGAUAAGGAGAAGGAGAAGGAGAAGGAUAAGGAUCUGGAACGGCUGAUUCCGGUGGCCGGCGGCGGUGACUUGGAGAACGGGGCGUGCUCCAAUUCUUAUUCCCCUGAAGAUUCCCCGACUCCUCCUUCCUCUUACUCCACCGGCAAAGAGGCGAUAAGCAAGGUGAUUCGCAGCUGGGCUUGGAAAAAGUUCAUUACUGGAUGUGUCAUCUUAUUUCCCAUAGCUAUGACCUUUUACAUAACAUGGUGGUUCAUUUGUUUUGUGGAUGGCUUCUUUUCUCCAAUAUAUACUCACCUGGGAAUAAAUGUAUUCGGUCUUGGAUUUGUGACCUCCAUCAGUUUCAUCUUUCUGGUUGGGGUGUUCAUCUCCUCAUGGUUAGGUGCUUCUGUACUUGGUUUAGGAGAAUGGCUGAUCAAAAAGAUGCCUCUGAUGGGCUAUGUCUACUCCGCUUCCAAACAAAUCAGCGCAGCAAUUUCAACAGAUCACAAUUCUCAAGCCUUCAAAGAAGUGGCAAUAAUAAAGCAUCCCCGGGUGGGAGAAUAUGCACUGGGCUUCAUCACCUCAACUCUGGUUCUCCAGAAGAGUUCAGGCCCAGAGGAGCUCUGCUGUGUUUAUCUCCCAACCAAUCACCUCUACCUCGGCGAUAUCUACCUUGUCAACUCCAAGGACAUCAUGAGGCCAAGUCUAUCCGUUCGAGAAGGCAUAGAAAUCGUGAUCUCCGGUGGGUUGUCUAUACCGAAGAUACUGACUAUAGUGGAUCCGCAGUCGAUACUAUCUCCGCGAGUUGGGAAAUUUGCAAUUCCACAUGUCUAAUUUACUGUAAGAAAUUCCUGAAGAGCUGAGAUAUUCAUAUCACAUCACAUCUUAUAUAUAAAUUGACACGCCAAUAAUCCAAGUUCAUCGUUGCCCACUACACUGUGAUUGGUGCUGUAAGUAUGCAAGCAAUUGCUCCCUCAAAGAAGAAACACUAGCACUCUGUAAUUUUACCUCCACUUCUCAACUUCACAAUGGAAGUUUUUCUUCUUUGCCUAUGGAUUUAUUCCUCUUAGCUGCCAGAAGUAAAAUAUCGUGACACAUCAUAAUUGUUUUAAUAUUAUAAUAUU